UUACAGUUGACAACUCAGAUUUGUACAACUUGAAUCGGAGAUCAGAAGAAGUUGAAGUUGACAACUCAGAUCUCUACAAUUUGAAUCAUCCGGUGUCAGGUGUCAUGGUAAGAGACUCACAAUACAAAAAUUACAGUGAUCUGACUCCAACCAUCACCACUGCUUCUUCAUUACCUCUGAAUAUGAGAAACAAAAAGCCAGAAGACGCCAGCAACCCAUAUGAAGACGUAAGUUCUGGAGAAAAAUCAAAGCCAAAACCGCUUGCUCCCCAGAAGCCUAAACCUGUUGCAAAACCUAAACCACAACCAAAAAACAAUGCACCUGAUCAAACCUAUGCCAUGGUUGUCAAAGUGCCCAAAUCUGACAAACCAUUUGCUGUCGAAGAAGACAAAGAUGAGUUUUUCUUGGAUCCAUCCCUACAACCAGAGAUACCAGAAAAGAAUUUUGAGAAUCCUUAUGAAGAUACAAACAGUGAGAAGAUCAAAGAGAAGAAAUCAUCUGAAAGGAAGAAGAAAAAUGGUAAGUAUGAGUUAAAGGAUCAGCUGUUGUCAGUGCAGAAAGUUGAGUGCUUUCAUACUUAA